UACGCCUUUCGCCAUUGAGAAUAGAUGUAGACAGAGGACGCAGGCGUUAAUACCCCCCGCCGGUUUCCGGGUUUUGCUGACGCGGAAUGCGAGGAGCGCUGGAGCCGCACGGCGAUCACCCACACCCCGGGGAGGACAGGGGCAGCGAGCCGAUGCACCUCGCCCUCUACACCGCUUGUUUCUUCCUCGUCGCCGGGGCGGGCGGCAACAUGGCAAAGGGCAACGACAUUGGGGCUGAGGCGAUGGCUCAAUACAGAGAGCGUGUUAAAGGAAUGUUUUACCAUGCUUACAACAACUACUUGGAUAAUGCCUUCCCGUAUGAUGAACUACGGCCUUUAACCUGUGAUGGUCAGGACACCUGGGGAAGCUUUUCUCUGACUCUGAUUGAUGCCUUGGACACACUUCUGGUGCUGGGUAAUGUGACUGAGUUUCAGAGAGUUGUCCACAUCCUUCAGGAUGGGAUGAAUUUUGACAUCGAUGUCAAUGCAUCCGUCUUUGAGACCAACAUUCGAGUGGUGGGGGGUUUGUUGUCCGCCCACCUGCUGUCCAGGGAGGGUGGCAUCGCGGUGGAACCCGGAUGGCCCUGCGUGGGACCGUUGCUCAGACUGGCGGAGGAGGCGGCUCGGAAGCUGCUACCAGCAUUCCAGACUCCGACGGGAAUGCCGUUUGGGACAGUGAACCUGAUGAACGGGGUUAAUCCCAGCGAGACGCCCGUCACCUGCACGGCGGGCAUUGGCACCUUUAUCCUGGAGUUUGCCACCUUGAGCCGUCUGACGGGCGACCCGGUGUUUGAGGAGGUGGCGAGGAAGGCACUGGACGGGCUGUGGAACAGCCGCUCCGACAUUGGCCUCGUUGGAAAUCAUAUCGAUGUGUUAACCUCAAAGUGGGUAGCACAGGACGCUGGGAUUGGGGCAGGAGUGGACUCUUACUUCGAAUACCUAGUGAAAGGAGCCAUCUUGCUGCAAGAUGAAGGACUGAUGUCGACUUUCUUGGACUAUGAGAAAGUGAUUACGAAUUACUCCAAGUUUGACGAUUGGUAUGUCUGGGUUCAGAUGUACAAAGGCACCGUCUCCAUGCCGGUAUUUCAGUCCCUGGAAGCUUUCUGGCCAGGACUGCAGAGCUUAAUAGGCGACAUUAACAACGCAGUGAAAACGUUCCACAACUACUACCAGGUUUGGAAACAGUACGGGGGGCUGCCCGAAUUUUACAGCAUCCCCCAGGGUUCGACUGUGGACAAGCGGGAAGGUUAUCCACUUCGACCAGAGCUGGUAGAGAGUGCGAUGUAUCUGUAUCGAGCCACAGGAGACCCAACCUUCCUGGAACUGGGCAGAGAUGUGGUUGAGGCCAUUGAGAAGAUAAGCCGUGUGGAUUGUGGCUAUGCUACUGUCCGAGAUUUGCGUGACCACAAGUUGGACAAUCGUAUGGAGUCUUUCUUCCUGGCCGAGACGGUGAAGUACCUCUACCUGCUCUUUGACCCGGACAACUUCCUCCAUAACGACGGCUCCUCCUUCCACACGGUGACCACGCCCUACGGCGAGUGCGUGCUGGGGGCGGGUGGCUACCUGUUCAACACGGAGGCGCAUCCCAUCGACCCCGCAGCUCUGCACUGCUGCAGCCAGCGCCGCCAGGAGCGCUGGGAGGUGGAAGCGCUGAUGCAGGAAUUCCACAGUGCCCGGUACGAGAGGACGGGGUCCCACCACGCAAGUUCCCCGGUGCAGAGUUCCCAGCACGGCAAGAGCAAGAGGACAGCUCAAAAUGGGGACGGGGCAAAGAAGAGAAGGAAUAAGAAAGGAGGCUGUGUGUUGAGUUGUCCCAGCCAGCCGUUCAGCUCCAAACUUGCAGUGUUAGGUCAAGUGUUUACAGACUCUUCCUGAUCUACGCCUUAGAUCUUUAUUUAUUAAAUUGUGGAAUAAAGUUUGUCUGUUUUGUA